AUGCGUAAUACUGACAGAGAUUUUAGUAUUGAAAGGGGUACAAAGUUAGGGGUUAAAGUGUUCACUGGCACAGUCGAUCCUGCAGUUGCACAGGCAUGGAUGAUCAAUAUAGAGAGGGUAUUUAACGUUAUAGGUUGCUUAGACGCUCGGAAGUUGUGUCUUGCCACCUUCUUAUUAGAGGAGGGUGCGUAUGAUUGGUGGCAGUCAGUAUGGAGCACAUAUCUAGACCCUUCCAUCAUUACUUGGACAGAUUUUCAUCGUAUCUUCUACGAUGCCUAUUAUACUCGGUCCUAUAAAGAUGCAAGGCAGGAGGAAUUUUUGAAACUAGUACAAGGGCAGAUGACAGUUGCAAAAUAUCAGGUGAAAUUUAUUGAACUUUCAAAACGAUUUGAAAAUGGGUUAAGGAAAGAUAUCCGAUCAGUAGUAACAGCUGCAGGCUGGAAUGUAUUUGGCAAAUUGGUGGAAUCAGCUUUAAGAGUAGAAAAGAGCAUUUCUGAUAGGCCAAGUGGUAGAGAACAAGCAAUGUUCAGAGCAAGCAGUGGUUAG